AUGUCAAGAGUUCUCUCAGUUUUCUUAGCUAUCCUUGCGUUUUUCACCUUGCAAACAUUGGCAGCAGGAACUUGUACAAUCACUUCUACUGCUGAUCCUUCGGCCCCAACAGCAACUGUGUCAGUUGAAAAUAGUGAAUUUAAGCCAGAUUGUCUUUCAGUUUACGAUGGACAAUACGUUGAAUGGGUCUGGGUUGAAAAUGGAAGACACACGGUUACUAGCAAUGCAGGUCCUUUUGGAGACUGCAAUGGUGGCCAAAGUCCUGUAAUGAAGAUAAAUGCUAAAGGUCAAAAGAAAGGUGAUAAAGUCACUAGUCCGAAAGCAUUUACAUAUAAUGCAAAGCAACCUGAAUUCGAUUAUAAAUGCUUUUAUCAUUGUGAUAGUGAUAUGGCCGGAAAAAUCGAAAUUUUACCAAAGAAAUAG